AUGAGGCCUAUGUUUUGUUACACAACGCCUUCGGGUAUGCAUGCUGCGUAUCACCGUAGUCGCGGUCUGGAGAAACCCACUUGUCGUGUCCACUAUGGGUUGGACAGAAGCUGCAUGGAGCGACACCUCUAUGGCGGCAAGGCGCCGUCUGCGCGCUUGCUUAUGGACGCUCUCCACCAACGGCGCUUUUGGUUUCAGGUAAAGAUAAACGACCUCGGGAGGCGGCGGAAGUAUUCAAGCAAAUCUGCGGCGACCCAGUCUUGCCAUACGGAAAGUGAUCAUCUCCGCACUGCAGACCAGACAUCUUAUCCCGCGGCGCAAGCGCGGGAAGAGGUACCUAUUGAUCACUCUGUACGUGUCGGUGGAGAGAGCUCACGAGCCGGCCGAUCGGAGAUUAUACGUGGUGCGACACCGCUGCGUUGUGAGGAACACCAGGCAAAAGCUUCACCCCGAACGGAGGCAACGGUUCCUGGAGCCGAAGAGGCACGGUUGCUGCAUAAGAAAGAGCCCUCGAACUCGAAAGCGCCGGAAGGCAUUGUCGAUGACUUGAACAGUGAUAGGAUGAAGGAAUCGCCUCUUUUAUCUUCAUCAGCGCUACCAGACGAGCCUUUCGGAAUGGGUACUCUUUUUGAUGGUGCAACUGCGCCGAUGCAGCGCUGUCUGGAGGAGAUCACAGGCAAUUCAUUAGCGCAAGAGGAAACGAACGCACACACGGAUGGAACCUCGGCAGAAAAAACAGCAGAUCUAGUACUUACUCAUCCUUUUGACGAAACGAACACAGAGCGUGAUCAAGAUCUGGUGCAGCCCGUGGAUGGACUGGCUGAUUCAGACGUUGUGCUGAAUGGACCGUCUACUGCCGCCGAAGCUGCCUCGGAGACAGAGCUCGCGCCCGAUGACUCGAAUCAUUCGCUCGAAGCAAUGCCGCAUGAUGAAACCGAAUCAGAGCACGCCUCUGCUAUUGAGCAUCAAACACUCGGGAGCAUGGCGACCGAUUCCGACGCGAAAGAGAGCACCGAACACGAGCCAACCCGAGACGAGCUUGCGAAUGCGCACGCUCAAGAGCCUGGGACUCUGGAAAGGAUGCCGCGUCGACCGCUGGGCAGGCCUCGCAGGAUAUCGGAUGUCUUUCGCGUCCCAACAGGCCAGUCGACGACGAAACGCGCUCCCUCGGAACCUGCAAAAGUGACCUCGGUUGAACUAGGGCGACAAAGGUUAGACAUUCUUUACGCCAUCCGCCGUGGCUGGCGUCCCGGCAAAAGCGAAUCCGAAGACGGAGCAACUACAGCAGAUGUGGAAAUCUCUGCCGAGGACCUGGAAAAUCUGAGCUGCCCAGAAAUAUCUAUGGACGAAAACACGGUCGCAUGGGGGGCGUCUCCAACGGAGCGUACCAGCGAUCGCGCUGCAUUCGUCGACCCUGCAGAGGCUGGGGGCCGUGCGACCUCCACCAUGGGCAUCAUUGGCCUCAGCCGGCUGAUUAGAUACCGAAUGCGUCUAUGGUUUCUGCAUAUGCUACGAAUGGUAUUCACGGUACUGAACAUGCUGCGCAGCUACCUCCGAACGCUACGCAAGCCACGGACAUAG